AUACCGCACAUUUUCGAAUCAAGAUGGCCGCUAAGGUGAAGCGACACCGGCUAUCAAUGGCGUAGGAACCCACCCGCCGCCUCGGACCAUUCUCGGCCUUGAAAAGAUCGUGUCGGUGGCUAAAAAGACAUUUUAAAGUGAGAGACGACGUUUGAAUCCACCAGAGCCUCUCAACUCAGUGAACCGGGCGCCGGACACAGCUCGCAGGAAAUCGACCGCUUCUCCAAAACUGUCACGUAGGCCCUCUCCACGUCUCGCCAUGUCGUAGAUCGAGAGGGAAACGUCCAACGCUUCAUACCAGAGUUUUCACCAAUUUCUGGAAUACCCGACAACCGUCGCCGCCAAGAGCCUUCUCAGUUUCCCGUCUGCCCCGCGCGGCGCCCCAACCUUCAAUACUAGCCUAGGGAGCAGUUGAGCGCUGCGACAUCUGCAAGCGACAUCGCCUCUUGACUCGACUAGUGGAGAGAGAGCAGUAACACAUGGCGGAGCAACAGGAAGAGGGACUGCUCGAGAAAAUCUAUGCGCUGGUGGCUCCGCCCCAGACCGCCAUGACCGGGAAACAGAAGGGAAAGAAGGCACGGUCUCUCGCAGCCCCGCCCCCCUCUCAACCCAAACACACUGGGAUAGAGAACAACCCGUUCUGCAACGCCUGUGGAGAUGGAGGGAGCCUCCUGUGUUGCGACAACUGCCCCGCCUCAUUCCAUUUCUACUGCUGUGACCCUCCUGUUGAUCCCAAGGACCUCCCCAGUGGGGAGUGGCUGUGUCGCAGCUGUUCCAGUGUCCCUCCACCCCACUCCACCCCACCUCUCUUCAGACCUCUCCUAGAGCAGGCCACCUCGGCCAACCCUCUCAUAUUCAGGAUCCCUGAGGAGCUGAAGUCCACGGAGCUGCUGCCUGGGCUGAGCAAACGGAAGUUCCCUGCUCCUCGCGGGGCUAAGGCUGACGAGAAAUAUCCCAGCCAAAAACUCUGCUUUGCCUGCAACAAGAGAGUGGUCUCCGCUCAGGUGACACAGUGUGACUUUUGCCCUCUGCACUUUCACCUCUCUUGUGUGGAUCCUCCGUUGACCACACCCCCUGCGACUGCCUGGAUGUGCCCUCUCCACCCUCAUCACAGCAUUCCUGAUUUUGAACACCCACGGUUGUCACGACGACUGAGGGCUCUGGAGAAAGGUCGAGAGGAGGUUCACAGUACAAAGGUCAAACUAGACUUCCUCUCGAAAAUCUCCAGGAUCCCCCACUAUAAGAGAGUCACCAGGCAUCUAAAUAGAAGAGUAGCACAGGUCCCUCCUGCAGUCAAGGCUCUGUACUCUGACCCUUUUCCUGAGGCCUGCGAGACUCCGCCCCUCACAGAGAGCCUGGUGAGUGCAGCGGAGGUGUGCCAGUGGUGGAGAGGUGAAGAGGAGAAGAGGCGGAGAGAGUUCGCAGCCAUCUCAUCAUCUUCGUCUUCCUCCCUCUCCCCUCCCUCACAACAUGUGGACAAGUGGACGAGGGACGCUAUAGUUCGUCAGAUGAACAGACACCGUGUGGACACGCCCCCUUUCCCUCGUCACAGUCACCAUGCCAACCAAAGUCUCCACAACAAUGAGGCAGUUUUGCUCGCGGCAACUCAGCUGUUAGAACUGUCGAGACGAAAUGGAGUCACGAAACUUCGCGAUCUCUGCAAACCAGACAAUCGCAGGAGAAGGUAUCUGAAUGUCAGCAGCAGUAAAGACGAGAUGGUAAUGAAAGGGGCAGUUAAUGGAUUUGGGGAUGAGGACAGAGAUUCAGUACACGAGGGGGAAAGGUGGGCUGAAGGAGGGAGGAUAGAAGAGGACAGAGAGGAUGAGGGAGAGAUGAUGGAAGUGGAGAGUGGGGAGAAUGGUGACAAUGGUGAGAUUGGGGAGGGGGAGAGGGAGGAAGAUGGAGGGGAAGUGCAGAUGAAGGAAGAGAUAAAGGACAUCCCACUGUGUGUCCCCGACACAUCGCUACUGGAUCGUCGACUCGUCCAGCUGUUAGCCUCUCAGAGACUCCACCAGCUGUUUGGACAUUGCCACGGUGAUGAGAAAACUACAGGGGCUCCCCCACACGAACCCAAUCACUCUGUUGGCAAGGGGAUCAAUGGAAUACACUCGGUUUUGUUCCCCCAGUUGGCCAAGCCGACACCCACCCCAGAGGACCUAAGAACAGCUCAGAGUGUCCUGUGCCCUAUCUCUGGAGUUGGUACAGCAUUUGCAGUUCACAAACAUGUCACUCUCAUCGGAACAGGGUCUGGAGUUGAUCUGCCUCUAUCUCACUACGGACAUUGCAACUACCUCUCACCUCGACACGCCUGCAUCUUCUACAACAAGGAGACAGGAGAGUAUGAGUUACUCAACUACAGUGACCACGGCUCCGUGGUGGACGGAGUCCUCUACUCCUGUGACUUCUCUGAUAAGGCCUCCGUCGACGCCAACCAGUCAUCGCCUCCCGAUACCUCUCUCACGGCAGACGAGGCCAGGGAAAAGAUAGAGAUUGCACGGAGGACCCUCAGAGACCAGGCCCAGGCUAAGAGAGCUCUUGAGGGUGCCCUGAACCUCUCGCGACAUCUGGGGAAAGAGGAGGGAGGAGGGGAGGGGUCCAAAAGAACCACCUACAACAGUUCCGUGGUCAGCAUCCCACUGGUGCUCUCGCGGGCCAAGAAACUAAAUGCUGGUGUCGCAACUGGCAGCAAAACCCCCGUCAAGACUGAGGGUGUUCCAGAGAAGACAACUCCGCGUGCAUCCCUCUCCCUUCUCUGUCCUGAUCCCCCAGCCAAUCCUUGUCUCUGUCGCCACAGCCCCUCGUGUCUGGUGGGAACCAACAGGAAGGGGUGGGAAGGGACUGCGACACUCUACCAUGGGAGUCGUCUCCGGUUCGGCUGUCUGCAGUUUGUGUUCAGUGUGGCUGGUCGUCCCGGACACACAGAACUAUUAGACUCUCUCUCCCCUCUGCUGCAUGUACCUGGGCCCCCCACCUAGUACCCCACACGGUCAUCUGUUGUCCUCCUUCAGUUUUGUGUCACCAAUCAGUGCCUCAUUGUACUACUCUGCCUCUCAAUACCUCGUGUUGUCAUUUCGUCGGUGUGCGCAUACAGCUUUUGCGGCUUCCGGUGCGCGCUGCGUGUGCGUAUCUAACUGCGGAAGGGAGCGUCGCUAGACCAGUUCGCUCUCUCUCUCCUUGAUCUCUCGUAUUCACUCGUGGUCCGAGAUCACUCCACUUCUGUACGGUUUCAGCAGCUGCUGCUACUCACUCUGUAAUUAUGAGUAUAGACGCAGAGACGGACAAGCUCCUUGCCGAGCUCGGCAUCAGCGCGGAUAUCGAUAUCGGCGGAGGCUCUGCCAGCGCGUCCGUGUCAGUCGGCGGUGCCCCUCCACCGCCUCCCCCUCCACCUCCUCCCUCCUCGUUCGGUGGCUCCGCCAGUGCCAGCAUCAACCUCAAGACCAAAGAUGCACGGGACGCCCAGAAAGAAAUCGACGACAUCUUCGAUUCGGUCAUCAGCUUCGCGGGGAAGAAGAAGGCCCCGCCGCCCGUUGCUCCCAAGCCGAAGAGAAACGUCCAUGUUAGCACCAUCAGCAUGCAGGUGAAGGGGAAGGACGCCGUGACUCCAGCUGCAAAGCCGAGCGCUGUUCCCGCUCACCCUCCUCCACCUCCCGCUAGCACCACCUCGGUAGCGAGUGCCUCUAUCGCUACCCCCGCCAAACUACCUGCUCCUUCCAAGCCGAUCAUCCAACAGCAGCCAGUGGCUCUGGUAGCAUUCGGCCCCGGCCUGGAGACGUUCGAGGUGAACUGUUUUGGCGACUUCCAAGUCUCGUGUCCGCCCGACGUCGACGAAGACGAGCUCGACGUCAGCGUCUUGGGUCCCACGGGGUCCAAACCCAUCGACAUCACCUCGCACGGGAACGGCCAGUUCUCCUGCUCCUACCAGCCCACGGCCGCCGGCGAACACGUCGUGGGCGUCAAGGUCCGAGACGAGCACAUCCCCGGCAGCCCGUUCAAAGCCAACGUCAAGUUCGCGGCCUACACGGACAAGUGCUGGGUGAGCGGUCCUGGACUAAAGUCCGCUACUACGACGGAGCCCGCUCGCUUUCAGAUCCUUACGAAAGACGACGCCGGCUACGCACGAGUCCGCAUUCACGUCCUGGGCCCCUCCAGAGCAGAGCCCAUCGAGAUGACGGAGAAUUCUGCAGAAAAGUGCGUUGACGUGGUGUACAACCCCUCUGCUCCGGGAGAGUACACACUGCGAAUACUCUGGGGAGACUCUCACGUCCGCGGGAGCCCCUUCAAGGUGAACGUAACUGGCGAAGCCAUCAACGAUGCAACCAAGGUGAAAGUGACAGGGGCAGGGCUCAGUGGAGGGAGGGUAGGAGAAACACUCAAGUUCUUUGUGGAAGGAGAGGCAGGUUCGGGCCCGGGUCCUCUGGGGGUAAGAAUCGUGGGGCCGUCGAAGCCGGCAAUUGUGGCAGAUGACUCAAGUACGGAGGGAGUGGGGAUCAGCUAUACCUGCCAGGACCCAGGGGAGUACCAGCUGACCCUCAAAUGGGGGGACCAGGAGCUCCCCAUGAGUCCCCACUCGUUCACCAUCACCGGAGAAGGCCGGGCGAUCAACCCUCUCCUCUGUACUGCCACCGGUCCGGGGGUAUCGGGGGGCGUGGUCGGACAGCCUGCACAGUUCACGGUGAACGUCCCCGACGAGGCAGGACCUGGUACCCUCUCCAUAUCUGUCUUGGGACCACACCCACCAAAACCAAUCGAAAUUGUCAACAACGGCGACAACACGAUGAGCGUGAAGUACCACCCUCAGGCACCGGGGGAGUACAGCAUCGAGGUGUACUGGGCCGAUCGUCACAUUGGAGGCAGUCCGUUCAAGGCCAGUGUGAGUGGAACUGCCUCUCGCAACGCAAAACUAGUGUUUGCCACGGGCGAGCCCAUCACGGAUGGUAAGAUGAAAAGGAAGCAGUUGGGAACGAUCAAUGUGAUCCCUCAGGAUGGAUCCGGGCCCGGCCCCCUCCGUGCUAAACUCGAGGGACCCACGAGGGGGGCACUGGAGCUGUCCAACAACCAAGACGGAACGAUUCUCGUCUCAUUCUUGCCAAACGACCCGGGGCAGUACAAACUGCACCUGCUGUGGGGAGAGGACGUGGACGAUCCAAGCAGUGAAAUCAAUGGCAGUCCCUUCACAAUCAACGUCGCCUGAUCUCCUAACUUUGCCUCCUCUAGUCAGUUAUCUGUAGGUCUUGUGAGCUGUUAAAAAAUCACCACGAAUAAUUAUAAUGCACUUCUUUUUCAAGUCUUUUUAGCGGUUUUUAGAUUUCAAUUGUUCAUACCGGUUGUAGUGUUUGUGUGAACUGUUCCAAAUUUUCAUUCA